AUGAUUUCCUCCGCCUCGGCCUUUCUGCCCUCCCGCUUCCGCGGCGAGCAGCCCGCCGCCCAGGCCGCCGCACCGUCGUGGCUCAACAAGAAGCUCACCCCGCUGCUGCAGCUCUUGUCCAGCCUCACCUCCUCCCACCCCAUCCACACCGUCGUCAUCGUCGCCGUCCUCGCCAGCUCCACCUACAUGGGCCUGCUCGAGGAGAGCAUCUUUGACGCCUCCCGCUCCGUCCGCCGCGCCGACUGGUCGUCGCUGUCCGAGGGCAGCCGCAGCCUGCGCGUCAGCGCCGACACCGCCUGGAAGUGGCAGCCCUGGGACGUGGACGCGGCCCGCGUCCCCAAGACCGCCGACCACCUCGCCCUCCUGACCUUUGUCUUCCCCGAGUCUUCGUCGGACAGCGCCCCCAAGACGGCCCCGCUCGUCGACAGCGUCCCCAUCCCCGCCAACAUUUCCGUCUCCGCCCUGCCCUCGACCGCCAACCCGCUCGGCGCCUACUCGCAGGACACCUCGCUGGCCUUUGCCGCCGCCUACGACGACGCCGCCCAGUUCACGUCGGCCGCCCGCGAGAUCCCGCUGCACGAGGCGGCGGACAGCAUUGCCGACCAGCAGCAGCAUACCGACGACGCCUCGGCCACCCGCGUCACCGAGGAGCACGGCCGCGAGAAGAAGAUGUGGAUCAUGAAGGCCGCCGGCGCGGCCCAGACCGGCUCCAGCAUCCUGCGCUGGCUGCAGAACGGCUGGGUCGAGUUUGUCGACCUGCUCAAGAACGCCGACACCCUCGACAUCAUCAUCAUGGUCCUCGGCUACCUGUCCAUGCACCUGACGUUUGUCUCGCUCUUCCUGUCCAUGCGCCGCCUCGGCUCCAACUUCUGGCUCGGCACCAGCGUCCUCUUCUCGUCCACCUUUGCCUUCCUCUUCGGCCUCAUCGUCACCACCAAGCUCGGCGUCCCCGUCAGCAUGGUCCUGCUGUCCGAGGGCCUGCCGUUCUUGGUCGUCACCAUUGGCUUUGAGAAGAAUAUUGCUCUGACCAAAGCCGUGCUGUCCCACGCCCUCGAGCGCCGCCGCAACCUGGAGCGUCCGGCCGCCGCCGCUGCUGCUUCGGGCUCAUCCAAGAAAUCGUCGGCCCGCGCUGCCGCCGCGUCGGCCAAGAAGGUCACCACCACCAGCUCGCCCAGCGUCAUCCAGUACGCCAUCCAGAUGGCCAUCAAGGAGAAGGGCUACGACAUUGUGCGCGACUACGCCAUUGAGAUUCUGAUUCUUGUCAUCGGCGCCGCCUCGGGCGUCCAGGGUGGCCUGCAGCAGUUCUGCUUCCUCGCCGCCUGGAUUCUUGUUUUUGACUGCGUCCUGCUGUUUACGUUUUACAGUGCUAUCCUCUGCAUCAAGCUCGAGAUCAACCGCAUCAAGCGCCACGUCGAGCUGCGCCGCGCCCUCGAAGACGACGGCGUCAGCCGCCGCGUCGCCGAGAACGUCGCCCAGAGCAACGACGGCUUCCGCACCGACGGCCGCGGCGAGCCCACCGCCUCCAUCUUUGGCCGCCAGAUUAAGAGCACCAGCGUCCCCAAGUUCAAGGUCCUCAUGGUCACUGGGUUUGUCAUUAUCAAUGUCCUCAACCUCUGCACGCUGCCCUUCCGCAGCGUCGACUCGCUGGCCUCCAUCUCGUCCAUGACCGGUGGCCUCGGUGGCGUCGUUGCCUCCCCGCCCGUCGAUCCCUUCAAGGUCGCCGCCAGCGGUCUCGACACCAUCCUGGCCUCGGCCAAGGCGCAGAACCGCGACACCGUCGUCACCAUCCUGACCCCCAUCAAGUACGAGCUCGAGUUCCCGUCGGUCCACUACGCCCUGCCCACGGGCAGCCGCUCCGGCAGCCACGGCGCCUCCAGCUCGGCCACCGGCUAUGCCGCCUCGGACCUGACCUACGGCGGCGUCGGCGGCCGCAUGGUCGACAGCAUCCUCAAGAGCCUCGAGGAUCCCGUUCUGUCCAAGUGGAUUAUUGUCGCCCUGGCCCUGAGUGUGGUCCUCAACGGUUACCUGUUCAAUGUCGCCCGCUGGGGCAUCAAGGACCCCAACGUGCCCGACCACCCCAUCGACCCCCGUGAGCUGGCCCAGGCCCAAAAGUUCAACGACACCGCGUCCGCCACGCUGCCCAUGGGCGAGUACAUGCCGCCCACCCCCAUCGGCAACAAGCCUAUGACACCCGCCCUGACGGACGACGAGGGCGAGCUGCUCGCCAUGCGGCCCUUGAAGCAGCGCGAGGGCGCGCCCAAGCCCAGCCCGUCCCAGGCCGACCUGCAGGCCGCCAAGGCCAAGGCGGCCCUGAUCCAGCGCACCCCUGCCGAGAUGGAGCAGAUGCUCAAGGACCAACGCGCCCAAGAGCUGACGGACGGCGAGCUUGUGUACCUGUCGCUGCGCGGCAAGAUUCCCGGCUACGCGCUCGAGAAGACGCUCAAAGAUUACACCCGCGCCGUCAAGAUCCGGCGCCACACCAUUGCCCGCACCAAGGCCACGGAGGAGCUCACGGGUCUGCUCGACGAGUCCGAGCUGCCCUUUGAGAACUACAACUGGGACCAGGUGUUUGGCCAGUGCUGCGAGAACGUCGUGGGCUACAUGCCCAUCCCCGUGGGCGUGGCCGGUCCUAUUGUCAUUGACGGCAAGAGCUACUUCAUCCCAAUGGCCACGACGGAGGGCGUGCUGGUCGCGAGCACGAGCCGGGGCUGCAAGGCCAUCAACGCCGGCGGCGGCGCGGUGACGGUGCUGACGGCCGACGGCAUGACGCGCGGCCCGUGCCUGAGCUUCGAGACGGUCGAGCGUGCGGGCGCGGCCAAGAUCUGGCUGGACUCGGAGGCGGGCCAGAAUACGAUGCGCAAGGCGUUCAACUCGACGAGCCGCUUCGCACGCCUGUCGCACAUGAAGACGGCGCUGGCGGGCACCAACCUGUAUGUGCGCUUCAAGACGACGACGGGCGACGCCAUGGGCAUGAAUAUGAUUUCCAAGGGCGUCGAGCACGCGCUCAACGUCAUGAUGAACGAGGCCGGGUUCGAGGACAUGAACAUUGUGUCGCUGAGUGGCAACUACUGCAUCGACAAGAAGGCCGCGGCGCUCAACUGGAUCGACGGCCGCGGCAAGAGCGUCGUGGCCGAGGCCAUUAUCCCCGGCGACGUGGUCCGCAACGUGCUCAAGACGGAGGUCGACACGCUCGUCGACCUCAACAUCUCCAAGAACCUGAUUGGCUCCGCCAUGGCCGGCGCCAUUGGCGGCUUCAACGCCCACGCCGCCAACAUUGUCGCCGCCAUCUACAUUGCCACGGGCCAGGACCCGGCCCAGGUCGUCGAGAGCGCCAACUGCAUCACCAUUAUGAAGAACCUGCGGGGCAACCUGCAAAUCUCCGUGUCCAUGCCGUCCAUCGAGGUCGGCACCAUUGGCGGCGGCACGAUCCUCGAGCCCCAGGGCGCCAUGCUCGACCUGCUCGGCGUCCGCGGGCCCCACCCCACCAGCCCGGGUGAGAACGCCCGCCGCCUCGCCCGCAUCAUCGCCGCCGCCACGCUGGCCGGCGAGCUGUCCCUCUGCUCGGCCCUGGCGGCGGGCCACCUGGUCAGGGCCCACAUGGCGCACAACCGCUCGGCCCCGCCGACGCGCACGACGACGCCCGCCCCGCCCACGCCCAGCGGCGCCCUGACGCCCGUGACAGGCCUGACGCCCGUGGUGCCUGGUGGUGCCGCUGCUGCCGGCGUGGAGCGGUCGGCCAGCACGGCGGCGCUGAGCCCGGCGGCGGUGGAACGGUCGCGGCGAUAG